AUGUCCCUUCGCCAACUACUAGCCCGCAUUCUCGCGGUCCUCCUCCCACUCAGCAUCACAACCACCGUUUACCUAUAUCUAUACCCGGUCUUCAAUAGCUGUGCAUUCCCUUUACCACAAACUGCAAUCAAAGCCUCAGAAGAAAACUCCUUCCUGGCGAAAAUCCAACAUAAUGCCGUGGCCAAUACUCUCCUCCAACACAUCCGCGACUCGGACUCCACAGUACACAAACAACCCGCCAUAUUCAGGCUUCUAGUGCUCGCAGACCCGCAAUUGGAGGGUGACACAUCUCUACCGAGCCCCGAUUACGAACUACUACCGCGCAUGCGCUCGCAUUGGCGCGCUGUCCAGGAAGCAGCGGGUAAUUUGACGACCCCUGCACUCCUGAACGAAGACGUCCUCUCUAACGUGACGAGUGGCCUACAAAUAUUCAUCAAGGAGGACGUCCCCCGCUCGCUGCGUGCAGUUCAGAAACGUGUCGACUUACUCGGCAACGACUACUACCUCGCGCACAUCUACCGGACGCUGUUCUGGUGGACGCGGCCGACGCACACGACUGUUCUGGGCGAUCUCCUAGGAAGCCAGUGGAUCGACAAUGACGAAUUUGCGUGGCGUGGGGAGAGAUAUUGGACUCGAGUCCUCCGGGGUGGGCUACGUGUGGACGAUGACAUUACGCGAACGGGUGCCGUAGAUAGUACGGUCGAUACCAAGGAGCGUCUCGAGCCGCUGGGACCAGAUACCGACCCGUCUUGGGCAAGGCGUAUUAUAAACGUCGCUGGAAAUCAUGACAUCGGAUAUGCGGGCGACGUGAGCGAAGCGCGGAUGGAACGCUUCGAGCGUGAAUUCGGGCGCGCCAAUUGGGAUAUUCGUUUCCAGCAUCCCCCUGUCGUGAUGGGCGUCAAUACGUCUGAAGGGGAGGCGGAGUCGGGUAGCAGGACAGUGACACCCACUCUGCACCUGAUCAACUUGAACACGCUCAAUUUUGACACUCCUGCUUUAUCGCCCGAGCUCCAAUCUCACAGCUACGCCUAUCUCAAUGACUUGAUCAGCCACCGGCUCUACCCUGUAGAGGACCGCUCUACUUUCACACUUCUGCUAACGCAUUUGCCCUUACAUAAAAAGGAUGGCAUUUGUACUGAUGGUCCUUAUUUCACCUUCCACGAUGAAGACGAUGACGAUGAUGUGCCACGCUGGUUAUCUGGUGGUCUUCGAGAGCAGAACCACCUCAGUGAUCAUGUCAGUGCCUCUGGGAUUCUGCAGGGGAUAUAUGGAAUGAGCGGGAACGAGAAUGCUAUUGCUGGCGGGCAUGGGCGGAAAGGGCUUAUUCUUACCGGUCACGACCACACCGGAUGUGAUGUCGUUCAUUAUAUUGAAAAGGCUGCGACUCAAGAAGAUGCAGCCGAGGAACAAGAUCAAGCUCCUUCGCAAAGGUGGCAGUGGGCAGCGAGGCGCUACGAUGAAGCAAAUGGCCGAGAAGACAACCAAGCCACACCAUCUAUUCGGGAAGUGACCCUCCGCUCAAUGAUGGGCGAUUUCGGCGGUAAUGCUGGUCUUCUAUCGAUCUGGUUCAAUGCUGAGUCUGGCGAAUGGGAUUAUAAGAUGAUGAUGUGUCCGGUUGGUGUGCAGCAUAUUUGGUGGGCUGUGCAUGUGGUUGCUCUUGUGACUCUUAUCAUUGGCUUGGUUUGGGUGGUGGCUGGCUUGGUCAAAGUCGGUGAGUCUCAGCAGAAGAGGAUUGUGCACUUGGAUUCGAAGACAUUCAGGUCCAAGGCAGGAGAGACAGACAAGAAGCCUCCAGUUGGACGAGAAGCAUCAAAGACACGGAGGGAUUGA